UAAAAACUUUGUCGGACCGAAGCCGGAAGUGUGAAGUUUUUUGAGCGGACCCUGAACGAAAACACAAUAAACCCGAGUAAAAUUAUGGAUCGUUUUUAUUUCAAGCUUGUAUAUAUUGGGUAUAUAUGAAAUGUAAGACUUUGUUUCGUAUUUAGGUACCUGGAGUAGCGGGAGAAAUGAACAUCUGGGGCAUUUUUUUAUUGAUUUUUGUGAGAGUUAGCCGAUGCUAACUGCAGAGCUACAAACUGUUGUUCAGAUCGGACCAGUUGGAUCCGGUUACAUCCCAUAAAGUUGCUUAUCUGUGCCAUGAAUCCGUUUGGAAGUCCGCAGGGAGGAGCUUUCCAGGCCCCCAGCAGCUCCAUGAAGCCCAGUCUGUUCCAGGGCUUCGGGCAGCAGAAUCCCAGCGGAUCCCAAGGACAAAGUUUUCUCCACCCUCCUGCCUUCGGACAGCAGUCUGCUGCGCUUCAGCCUGCAGUGCAGAGCGGUUCCAUUUUCGGACAACGAUCUGUGGUGAACCAGCCUGCCCCUCAGGGUGGCUCCAUCUUCGGGCAGCCGUCUGUUAGUCAGCCCGGAGGUCAGGGUGGUUACAUCUUCGGACAGGCAUCCAAUCAGCCUGCAGCUCAGAGUAGGUCCAUCUUCGGACAGUCAUCAAAUCAGUCUCCAGCUCAAGGUAAUUCCAUCUUCGGACAGCCAUCAAAUCAGUCUCCAGCUCAAGGUAAUUCCAUCUUCGGACAGCCAUCAAAUCAGUCUACAGCGCAAAGUGGUUCCAUCUUCGGACAGUCAUCUGCGGUGAAUCAGCCAUCAGCUCAGAGUGGGUCCGUUUUCGGACAGCUCUCUGUUGUUAAUCAACCUUCAGGGCAGAGUGGUUCCAUCUUCGGACAGGCAUCCACGGUAAAUCAGCCUUCGGCUCAAAAUGGAUCAAUUUUCGGACAGACAUCUGUUGUUAAUCAGCCCGGCGCUCAGAGUGGUUCCAUAUUCGGACAGCCACUAGCAACAAAUCAGCCUGCAGCUCAGGCUGGUUCUGUUUUCGGACAGCAGUCUGUUAAUCAACCUGGAGCUCAGAGUGGUUCCAUUUUCGGACAGCCCCCCCAGCCCCAGCCUCCUAUGAGCAAGGCUCCAGCCUUUGGGCAGCCUCCUGUGGGAACCAGCAGCUCAGCUGCGGCUUUCGGACUCAACCAGAGCUCUGUGUUUGGACAGAGCCCCUCCUUCGUCCAGCCCUCUGCGUUCGGUCAGCAUUCAGGUUUGGGAAAGGCCCCUCCUGCUUUCGGGAGCCCUCUCAAGCCGUCGGGCUCCACCGCCUCCAACCCCUCGUUUGUGCAGCCGGCCUCCAGCGUGUUCAGCGCUGCUCAGAAUGUGAACCAGAACCGGGGCUUUGGGCCUCCAGAGUUCAGCUUCAAGCCGCCCAACGAGGCCGUGUUCAAACCCAUCUUCAGCGGCAGCCCGGAGCCGUCUAGCAGCCGGGGCCCGGCCCCCUCCGGCCCCUCUACCGGCUUCUCCCUGCUGGCCGGAGCCAAGCCUCUGGUCUUCAGCUGCUUCCCCCAGCCGGCCGCACCCCCCGCCGGCCCAAACCCGCCAUCAGGCGGUGGCAGCAGCGGCCCUCGGUUCUCCUUCACCAACCCGGCGGCCCCGCAGGGCCCCGGCUCCACGGCGGAGCCCACCACCCCGUCCUCCUUCAGCUUCACCUCCAGCUCCCUGCAGACCCAGCCCACGCUGUUCUCCUCGUUCAGCCGCCCCCCCGCCUUUGGCGACCCUAAACCCGAGUUGGGCCCUGAAGAUAAGGAGGCCCCGGAGCCCAACGUGUUCGCUCGGAUCAGCAAAGCAGCCAAGAGGAAGGAUGAUCCGGCCGCCAGUGGCCCCGAGAAGCCAGGCGGCGAGGACGACGCCCCCGCGCUGCCGGACGUCGACUCACCCCGACACCCCGCCAAGAGGCCGGUGGUGAGGGCCCGGGGCCCCGCAGGGGGCCUGUUUAGCCGGGCCCUGAGUGGGAUUCGGAAGGAGCAGAGCAACCCGGUGAGGAGAGAGGCCCCGAAGGAGCCGCCGAGGCCCCCUGCCGCUCUGGGGGCCCCCGCUAUGGGGCCAGCAGGUCUGGGGCCCCCUGCUGCGGGGCCAGCAGGUCUGGGGCCCCCUGCUGCGGGGCCCGCUGAGAGGCCGGCCCUGGAGGAGCCGGAGGAAGCUCAGGGAGAAGAACCGCCGGCGCUGAGCAGAGACUCUGCAGAGAAACCAGAAGAUUCAGGCCCGCCUGACCCUUUGACCUCAGCCUCCGAGGCGUUGACCCCUGUGGGCCGUGGGCCCCGCAGGGACAGCGCGGACAGCCUGAGCGGAGUGUCUCCCAGCGAUCUGACCACCAUCAUGGUCAGGAACGUCCCGCCAAGCCUCAACAAGAAGGAUGUGAUCCAGAAGCAUUUCGCUCGUUUUGGGAAAGUCUGUAAAAUCUUCUGCCGCCCCAACAAGAACCUGGCCGUGGUUCACUUCCACGACCACGCUUCGGCUGCUAAAGCGAAGCGGGGAGGGAAGCAUCUGCACCGACACGAGCUGCUGCUGCUCUGGCAGAAGAAGAAACAAAGUCCUGGAGACAAAGGCAGCAGAGCGGCAGCAGAACCGGACCGAUCCGCAGCAGAAAGCCCCAACGUGGAGGAGCCGAAGCCGGGUUGUUCUCCUCUCAGACGGCCGGCCCUGAUGCCUCCGGCGCAGGGCGGCCACGCCUCCUUCAGGCAGAGCUCUCCGGUGAGGAGGCCGUCUCCAGCCAAGCUGCUGCCGUUUGACUCGGAGCCCCAGAAGGAGAACGUGACCGAGUCCCAGGAGCGUCUCAUCCCGUCCUCCCUGGUCCACCUGGUGGGACAGGCCGCCGAGACCGCCGAGGACAAGUACCGUCUCCUGGAGCAGAGAGACAAAGUCCUGCGUCAAGGACGGCCCAAGAGGACAGACCUGGACCUGUCCAAGGCGUUUGUGGGGACGUGUCCUGACAUGUGUCCAGAGAAGGAGAGGUACAUGAGAGAGACACGGAACCAGCUCAGCGUGUACGAGGUGGUCCCGAACACGGAGGUGGUGGAUCAUGCAGCUGCCAUAAAGGAGUACAGCCGCUCCUCGGCCGACCAGGAGGAGCCUCUUCCUCACGAGCUGCGGCCCCUCCCGGUGCUCAGCAUGACCAUGGACUACCUGGUGACCCAGAUCAUGGACCGGGGUCCGGACAGCCACAGAGACUGGUACGACUUUGUGUGGAACCGAACCCGAGGCAUUCGCAAGGACAUCACCCAGCAGCGGCUCUGCUGCCCCGCCACCGUGGCGCUGAUCGAGAAGUGCACCAGGUUCCACGUUCACUGCGCCCACCACCUCUGCGAGCAGCACAUGUCGUCCUUCGACGCUAAGAUCAACAACGAGAACAUGACCAAGUGCCUGCAGAGUCUGAAGGAAAUGUACGCGGAUCUGGCGACGCAGCAGACGUUCUGCCCCCUGGAGGCCGAGUUCCGCCAGUACAGCGUCCUGCUGAAGCUCAACGACGGCGACAUCCUGCGGGAGGUGCAGCAGUUCCGCGACGAGGUCCGGAAAUCUCCAGAGGUCAAGUUUGCGGUUCAAGCCUUCACGGCCGUCAGCAGCAACAACUUUGUGCGUUUCUUCAAGCUGGUGAAAGGAGCUUCCUACCUGUCCAGCUGCCUGCUGCACCGAUACUUCAACCAGGUCCGAUCGAAGGCCCUGAAGGUUCUGAUCACGGCUCACACCUUCGGCACGCGAUCCACGCCGUUCCCCGUCGACGACAUCGUCCGCAUGUUGAUGUUCCGCAGCGCGUCUGAAGCGACGGACUUCGUCCAGCAGUACGGCCUCAACGUCAAUGACGGGCUGGUGGAGCUGAGUCGGAUGGUCUUCCAGGAGCCGGAGCUCCCGCUGUCCCUGAAGAGGUCGGAGGUCAUCCUGUCCAAGAAGGCGCCGCUGAUCGGGGAGGUGGUGAACGGAGGUCCGGUCCCCGACCCGCCGCAGCACCGUCCCGUCUGCAGCUUCAACUCCCAUAACAGAUACAGAGGAGACGGCCAGCUGGCGGAGCCCGGCCUCGGAUACGUUGACCCCCGAGGCGCCGGGCCGCAGACUGCUGACGGCGUUGAGGUUUCCUCCCCGCCGCCGAUCGUCGUUCCCGACGCUCCGGCUGAGACCGGAGAGCCGUUCCCGCCGGCGGCUCCCGUCUUCCAGCCGAUCGCUCCGCCUGAACCCGCCAGACCUCCGUCACCUCCACCCAAACCCCAGCCGCUCUACGGCGAGGAGGACGUCCAGGCGGCGGCCGAGGCGCUGCUGGAGGAAGUGGUGGAGGCCGAAGUCAGAGCGCUCGCUGACGGAGGCGCCAGCUACGCCAGAGCAGCCCUGCGGGAGAGCGAGGCGCAGCUGGAGGUUCUGGUGCAGGAGGUGUUGGAGCAGAUGAUGACGGAGGUUUCAGCGUCAGAGAUCCGGCUGGAGCAGGAGCGGCUUGCUGAGGAGCGACGCAGACUGGAGGAGGCCAGGCGCCGGCAGGAGCGCGAAGCCUUCCUGGUUCAGUUCAGCUGCUCGCUCUGCUCAGAGGUCGUCCAGCAGGUCGUCGCCGAAGUCGUGAGGGAAACCGCCGCCGCCGAGAUCCAGGAGGCUCUGGACGAGGAGGCCGAGCGUCUGGCCCGAUGCAGCCAUCAGAUCUGCAGCAGCUUGAUCGAGGAGACGUUAGCCGCAGACGUGGCUCAGCUAGCAGAGGAUGUUCUGGAGGCUGAGCUGGAACGGAUCCAGAAGUUCAUCAAAAGGUGGCGUGAUGUGGUCGCCGUGCGCCGCCAGCUGAAGCGUCAGAUGAGGAGUUUCCCUGCGGCCCCGUGCUGCGUGGAUCCCUGCUUCAAGCUGCGGGCCCUGGCCCCCAGCGCCCCCCAGAGGCCCUCCAUGGCGGACCUGGCCCGGGGCCUGGUGGACCUGGGGAACGCCGGCGUGUUGGCCGUGUCCAGCACCAGGUUGCUGCGGAUGCGGCGCGGCGCCGUCCACCAGCUGAGGGUCCAGUCCUUCUACCAGCAGCUGCUGGAGGAGACGUGCUGGAAGCCGUUGGAUCUGCCAGCGCUGGCCACGGAAAACGUCCCGAACCCGACGGACCGGAUCUUCUGGAAAGUUCUGCUGCUGCUGCCCAGCGAACGGGAGGCCGGCCAGGCGGACCGGGUUCUGUCGGACUGGCUGGAGGUGAAACUCGGCGCCGAUCCAGAGUCAGAGGAGCAGAGAGACGGGACGCUGAGGACGCUCUGCGUCUCCAACAGCCUGCAGGACAACGGACACAGAAGUCACAAAGUCCACAUCACAGUGAAGGCGUCCAGAGGCCCACUGACCGACGCCGGUCUGUCCGCAGCGGAGGAGCGCGGCGAGCUGCGCGGCGCGGCGGCCAUCAUGAUGCUGCUGCCGGCGCUGCCCCUCCUGGAGGCGGAGCAGGCGGAGCAGGACGUCCCUCUGCUCUCCGCCCUGCUGCAGCUCAAGCAGCUGCAGCAGAUCAGCAGCUGGAACUGGCCGCUGCCGCUGGUGGUCCUGGUGCCAUGGCAACGGGGCGCUGCGGACGCCCAGAGGCUGGAAGAAGCCCUGCAGCUCCAGGCUCUGAUGGAGGAAGAGUUGAUCUCUGACUUCCUGCUCGUCUUCAUCCCGGACUCCACCAGCGACCUGCAGGGAUCCCAGCAGCUGACCCAGGCCGUCCGCUGGCUGCUGGCCCGCUGCCCUUUGACCCCGCCCCUGUCCUGCCAGCCGCUGGUCCAGCUGGUCGAAGCCACGCUGAGCCAGGAGUUCUGCCCCAGAGUUUACUCCAACCGGCAGAACCGGGCCGCCGCCGGGCUGCCCUGCCAGGGCCCGGCGCCGGUGGUCCGGCUGUACAACGCCGUCCUGGCCCACGUGGCGGACAGAGUGUCGUCCCCGGAGCUGAGCUGCCUGUCAUGGCCGCCCACCGAGUUCAGCCAGCCGGAGACCAGAGAGUUCAUCCCUCACCUGGGCUGGAACGCCGCGCCGCACCUGAGCUGGCUGAGGGCCGUCCUGCUGGGCCUGCAGCUGCCGGAGUGGGAGGAGCCUCCUGCUGCAGACUCCUGGGUGGAUCUCUGCUCCUCCAUCUUUUGUUACGCUGCUCACAUCCCGACUUCACGCCACAGUCAGCCGCUCCUCAUGUCCCGGCUGGAGAACCUUCUGGAGCGGGUCCGACUCACCCGGGGCGGCAUCGGCCGGGGGGCGGCCGGUCUCUCUGCUGCCUCCAACCUGAUUCCCUGGGACGACGUCGUCCUCAUCUUCAUCGACCACAAGCUGAAGGACUGGCAGCCGGCUGGACCGCCUGCUGCUCCAGACGCUCUGACGGCGGACGGACAGAUCCUGGUUUUCUUCCCCAGCGGUUCCCUGGACGGGUUCCGGCCUCCGGCUGAGUGGGUUCAGGCCGUGGAUCGGACCCACCGGGAGACGCAGCAGGAGGAAGAGGAGGGAUGGGCUCCGGCCCCCAGCGCUCUGCGUUCAGCUCCGUCCCUGAAGCAGAAGUUGUUCCACAGCUGGGUGGAGGCCCCUGAGGCCCCCGAGGCCCCUGAGGGCCCCGAGGCCCCUGAGGGCCCCGAGGCCCCUGGGCCCCCGCCGCUACACCUGGACAUCACACACACUCCCAGCGCGGAGGAGCUGCUGGCCCACCGAGUUCUGCAGAGCCUGGAGGAGGAGAAGGCCGAGAGCAGGAGGAGUCUGGAUCAGCUGCAGCGCUGGCUGGACGGCGACCCGUUGGACCACCUGGCGACGCCGCUCUUCAUCCCGUCCUCCACCCUGCUGUCCUCUCCGUCCACCAUGCGGGUUUCUGCACCUGCAGCAGCAGCGCAGAAACCAGAGACGGAGGAGCGAGUGGACAGAGCGUCCCGGUCCGCAGCGUCCCGGUCCGCAGCGCCGCACGUCCCUCUGGCCCACAGGCUGCAGCAGCUGCAGCAGCAGAUCGUGGCGAGCAGAGAAGAAGAACGGGCCUGCAGGCUGAAGCUGAGCGGCCUGCUGAGCAUCGUGGACGACUGAAGAUGAGGAAGAUGACGAAGAUGGAUUUUUAUUAUCAGAACUAAAAUCAGGACUUUUAUAAAUAUUUAGUUUUGUAGAGUCGGGUUCUUCCUGCAUUGGACUCUAAUAAAUAAUGUGUUUUAUUUUCGUUCUGCUCAGAUAUUAAAUAAAUAUUUUCAUGUAAAACCUUCAGCUUGUCUUUCAUUAAAUCCAUGAGAAGGUCGAGGAUCUGAUUGGACGGCCCGGCUGUAGCCCCGCCCCCAUUCAGCUGAAGGCUGCUGGGAGACCCGGUUUCAUCAGCAGAGCAGG